UCAGCAGUGAGACACUUUUCUCCCUCAUAAAUACCACAGUUCAAGUCUGGAGAAACAUGAAGUUGCAUAGGAGUUGCUGGAGUUUCUGUCCAAUCUUUCUGUUGGUUGGUUUCUCACAACCUGUUUGCAUUGAACUUCAUCAGGAUGCAAUCAAUGGAACAAUCGGUGAAUCCGUCCUCCUGCCAGUCUCCUACAGACUCCAGAUCCCAUUUGACAACCCUCUGCCAUUUAGCUGGAAUUUCAUUAAUAUUCCUCAUAUACUUGUUACCUGCACAUUGACUAACUGCUCUCUCAAUACUAAAGGGAUUCCCACCAGCUGCUCUGGAAAAUAUUUUGUGCAUCCCACAUAUCAAAGCCGGGUUACAGUAUUCCUUGAAAAUGCCUCUCUGCUCCUUCAGAGCCUGCAGCUCAACGACAGUGGAGUGUACAGUGUCAUCUUCAUGGGAGGGAAGCAAUCCAGAAACAUUACAUUAACCGUAUCAGUUCCUCACCUGGAUAACAGAAGUCCAGAAUUCAAUAUCUCUUCAGAAGACACAGCUGUUCUUCCUAGCUACCAGAUAGGCAUCAUUGCCGGAGGCAGCGUGGGUUUGCUUUUUCUAGUGCUACCGCUGUUCUGCUACAAGAGUUACAGGGGUGCAGUUCAGCUCCAGAAAAACCGAACUGUAAGGCAGGAACAGGUCCAGAAUCCUGAAGAAUGUAACAUGGGAAGUUCUCUGAAUAUACAGUCUAUUUAUAUGAAUUUCAACACAAGCCAGGAAUACAGGGAGACAAGAACAGAGCCACAGACCAAAUAUGCAACCCUCACCCUACCUAUAUGACAAGAGUUAUACUGUUGUCGUGGAGCACAUUAUAGUGGAGUAGGGAGAAGUUAGCAGUGCAUGCUAGUACCUAAUAGCAGCUACUUAGUUGGUAGAUUCAUUAAAAACAGUGGAAUUGUUUCAGUUCAGAAACAUGAAAACUGGAAGCAGAAAGGACCAAGGUCCCUUGAGACCUAAUCUACACAGUCAUGUGGAAGCUCUUGUGUGAUGUAUUCUCAUAUGGUCCCACCAGGUAGUGUCUGGUCAGUGAUUUUCAGCUCUCCAACCAUUCUUCUACCAGGCUCUGCCAUUGUUAAACUACUGGUAGUUCAGUCCUGUGUAUUAAUGAUACCUGUGCAACAGGAAUGAAGUGAAUGCAAUUUGAUCCGGACUAGAAGCUAUCUUAAAUGCGUCCACCUUUAAGCAUAAGAAUAGAUCCCCAACUGGGAGGAACAACAAAAUGGAGGGUGCUUCAGAGUGUUAAAGGGAUGCUUGGCCCUUGUCAUAUUUUCUUUGGAACUUUUUGAACCAGCAGUUCUUACAGGUAAUCCUUAAGAGGAUUCAAAAAAUGAGAGAAUGGAAAUGUUUUAUCGCUUCUCUUGUGUGUAUACACUUAUGCAGUCAAUUUCUCUGUUGUGGUAAGGAUCAGCUGUAUUUCCAGCCUCGCACCCCUGUGGGUUGAAAUGAGCUACCCAAAGCCAACUUGUAUGCAAACUGUUUCCCAUUUCUUGAAAAAACAUCUGUACCUCUAACAAAUUCAGGAAAAAUGAAGUUUGUCACAUGCAGUUUUGAACAGACCUAUAUCAGGGAAGUCAGGGUAGAGUUCCAUGUUUGUGUUGGUUGCAGCCAGUGAUCCCCACUUAGCACAGUGGGGAUCAGAAAGUAUCUUAAAACAUUUUUAAAGGAAUAUAAAAAAUUCAGGACAUACUACUUCAAAGGUACCUUUUUAUCAAUCCUAGAUCAUUCCAAGUAUAAAUCAACUUUCCCUUCCCUUCCUUUGCCCCCUGCAAAAACCCCAUAGAGAUUACAGUGAGUUUAUAUGCAGCGUAGAGCUAUGACUGGUUACCCAGCAAUCUGGUUAUAAUUGCACUAUAACACUCAUUUUGGUUGAUCCUUGCAGAAACAUCAACCUUAUUAAUGUAGGCUAUUGUCAUAUUUGCGGGGAAUACUUUUUUAUUCUAAAAUUGAACCUGACAAUACAGGGGAGACUUUUGU